CCUCCACCGCCUCCGUGCGACUCCACUGCGACUCCGUGCCCGGUCUUACUCAGCGUUUUGUCUCACGUUCCUCUUCCUACCCCACACUCUCCCCACAGAGCUUUAUAUCCUAAGAAAACAGUACGUUCGAGAAACAAAACCUAAACAACACCGUCAUUGCACCCAUGUCGAUCCUCGCACGCGCCUUGUGCGUCUCGUCGCGUAUGACGCGCUCCAACGCUGCUCUCAGCAUGCGCUGUGCAUCGUCGAAAUCUGCCCUGCCUCCGUUCCAAUGGGAGGAUCCGCUGGACUUUGAAAGCCUUCUAACGGAGGAAGAAAUCGCGAUCCGGGACACCGCAAGGGACUUCUGUCAGGAAUACCUCGCGCCACGCGUACUUGAAGCUCAAAGGACAGAGAACUUUGACAAGUCGAUUUUGCCGGCCAUGGGCAACCUCGGGCUGCUGGGUCCGACGAUCCAAGGCUACGGCUGUGCGGGCGUGAGCUACGUCGCGUAUGGGCUGAUCGCGAGGGAAAUCGAGCGCGUUGAUUCCGGAUAUCGCUCCACUGCCUCCGUGCAAUCGUCUCUCGUCAUGCACCCGAUCCACGCCUUUGGAACAGAAGCGCAGAAAGACAAGUACCUCCCAGCGCUCGCAAAGGGCGAGCUCGUGGGCUGUUUCGGCUUGACGGAGCCGAACCACGGCUCGGAUCCCGCAGGGAUGGACACCGUCGCGGAAGAAGUCGAUGGCGGGUUCGUGCUCAACGGGAGCAAGACGUGGAUAUCGAAUGCCCCCGUCGCGGACGUGUUCAUCAUCUGGGCGCGCUGCAAGUGGGAUAACCGCGUGCGCGGGUUCGUGCUCGACAAGGGCCUCAAAGGCCUGUCCGCGCCGAAGAUCACGAACAAACUCGCGCUGCGCGUGUCGACGACGGGCUCCAUCUUCCUCGACUCCGUCAAGGUCUCCCACGAUGCGCUCCUCCCCGGUGCAGUCGGCCUCGGCGCCGCGUUCUCGUGCCUCAACAACGCGCGGUUCGGCAUCUCGUUCGGCGUGAUUGGCGCGCUCGAGGACUGCCUGCACCGCGCCCGCGCGUACGCGGGCGAGCGGACGCAGUUCGGGCGCGCGCUCGCGUCGUUCCAGCUCGUGCAGCGGAAGCUCGUCGGCGCGCAGACGGAGGCCGCGCUCGGGCUACACGCGAGCCUGCAGGUCGGGCGGCUCAAGGACGCGGGGCGCGCAGCGCCGGAGAUGGUGUCGCUCGUGAAGCGCAAUAACUGCGGCAAGGCGCUCGAGCAGAGCCGGGUGCUGCUGGACGUGUUUGGCGGCAACGCGUGCGCGGACGAGUAUCACGUCGGGCGCCACGUCGCGAAUCUGCAGGUCACGAACACCUACGAGGGCACCCACGACAUCCACACGCUCAUCCUGGGCAAAGCCAUGACCGGCAUCCCCGCGUUCGCAAACUGAGCCGCGCGCCGCAGACGGGACGGGAUGGCUCUGCGCGCGCACGGCAUGGUAUGGAGCGCAACGCAAAGCCCGAGGUUGGGCGCGCGAACACCACGCUCGGAGAAUCGUUUUUCUUUUCAGUUUGUUUCACGGUGCGCUCGGGACGCGAUCUGGCUACGUGUAUUGUAUCUAUCUGCUGUCUACGAACGGAAAGGGUGCGGUACAGAAUCCAGUCUGCGUCAAGGCAUGGCACGCCUGCGAACGCACAGACG